UGGAUGGACAAACAAAAUCAAACAGUGCUAAAAGAAUUUAUUCUAAUGGGAAUCACAGACUUGCCUGAGCUGCAGGCUCCAUUAUUUGGGCUCUUCCUCACCAUCUAUGUGAUCUCAGUGGUGGGCAACUUGGGCAUGGUCAUCCUCACCAAGAUGGACUCCAGGCUACAAACACCCAUGUACUUUUUUCUCAGACACCUGGCUUUCAUUCAUCUUGGUUAUUCAACAGCUGUGGGCCCCAAAAUGUUGGCAAGUUUUGUAGUUACUCAAACUACAAUCCCCUAUAAUUGGUGUGCUACACAGUUAUCUUUAUUCAUCUUGUUCACCAUUAGUGAACUUUUUAUUCUGUCAGCAAUGGCCUAUGACCACUAUGUGGCCAUCUGUAACCCCCUUCUCUACACAGUCAUCAUGUCACAAACGGUAUGUUGGGUUCUGGUAGCAGUCCCAUAUGUCUACAGUGCCUUUAUCUCUAUGAUGACCACCAUAAAGAUUUUUAUUUCAUCCUUCUGUGGCUUUAACGUUAUCAGUUAUUUCGCUGUGAAUUCGCUGUGUUCAAGCACACACGAAAUUGAGUUGAUAAUACUGAUCUUUUCAGUGUUUAAUUUGGUUUCAUCUCUUCUGAUAGUCCUUGUGUCCUAUAUGCUAAUCCUUAAGGCCAUCCUCAGGAUGAACUCUGCAGAGGGCAGGCGCAAGGCCUUCUCCACCUGUGGAUCUCACCUGACAGUGGUAGUUGUGUUAUACGUGACUCUAUCCUUUAUGUACAUGCAGCCCAAGUCCAGUCAUUCUUUUGAUACUGAUAAAAUGGCCUCUGUAUUUUACACUGUGGUAAUACCCAUGCUGAAUCCCAUGAUCUACAGCUUGAGGAACAAAGAGGUAAAAGGAGCCCUUCAGAGGCUUUGGAAAAAUAUGUGCAAACUCCCUAUAUAA